AUGGAGCACGUUAAGAAGGACUCAGAAAUAACCAGGGAAGUUGCCCAGGUUUUGGUUCAGUGUUCUCUUUGUCCAAAUAAGGCUGAACUCAUCUGCAACACGUGCAGAUUCAAUUUAUGUGUUGCUUGUGGCGGGGAGCAUGUGAUUUCUUCACCUUUUCAAAAUCAUGACGUCAUUAAGUGCACUCUGAAAUAUAAUUUUUUCCCGCAUCCAUACUGUUCUACUCAUUCUGAACAGAGGUGUGAAAUUCACUGUGAGCAAUGCAACCUUCCUCUUUGCAGCGUUUGUAUCCUAUCAAAAGUCCACUCUGAACACGAACUGAGUAGGAUAGAGGAAAUGUAUGUUGCAAGUGAAAAAAAGAUUAAUAGUGAAAUAGAGUUCCUUAAAGUUGUUGUAGCUCCAGAGGUGGAAAAAAUUGUUGAAAAAUUAAAGAACGACAUUCUGGAGCUGCAAAAAAACAGCGACAUAUUGAAAACAGAUGUAUCCAAACAUGGCGCGGCACUACGAAGCGCAUUGGACCGUGUGAUCAAGGAGCAACUUGAAAAUAUUGAUGCUGCAGAGAAAAAAGAUAUGGCUACACUCCAGGAUAAUUUGGUGGGGUUUCAGAGGUUUCUGGAUACUAUUCAUGAAAUCAUAAGAAAGAAUGAAGAGUUGAUUGAUGCAAGGAAUGAUAAUAUUUAUACUUUUGAAUCACAGCUGGAAGUAUUAAAACAAAUUCCCCAGACACUUCAAAUGUCAUUUCCACAAUUUCAACCAUCGUCAGCAUCUGAUAAAAAGAUCAGCAAAUUAAUGGGGAAUUUCAAACCAUCAACUUGUGAAUACAAGACAGAAACUGCUUUACUAAGCAGAUUAGAGGCAUAUAGCAAUUUCCUUGCAAUACCACAUAUCAUCACAGAUAUACAUACGGAAUACGACCCUCUAUACCGAAUCAGCUGUUUGACAAACGAGAAGGCUUGGAUAAGUGGAAAUGAUGUCAUACUGAGAGAAAUUAACACCAAGGGGGCAGAACUCGGUAAAAUAAAGGAAGAAGAAAAUAUUCCAUUUGGAUUAGCAACUACUAGAAAAGGAGAACUUUUUUACACAGUUUUCAGGAAUAAAAGCAUUAAGAACAAAGGGAAGACCCAUAUUAAAUGUGACUAG